CUGGGUCACUGUUGUCGCCACUCUCUCCCGCCUAAAAGCUCCGAAGGCCGCUCCCUUCUCCAUUGCUGCGCGUCCGCCCGCACUCGGUGGGUCAGACCAGCGACAUGGAGGGUUGUGUCGGGGAGGAAUCUUUCCAGCUGUGGGAGCUCAAUCGCCGCCUGGAGGCCUACCUGACCCGGGUAAAGACGCUGGAGGAGCAGAACCAGCUGCUCAGCGCGGAGCUUGGGGGACUCCGGGCGCAGUCCGGGGAUGCCUCCUGGCGGGCCCGAGCCGACGACGAGCUGGCAGCGCUGCGGGUCCUCGUCGAUCAGCGCUGGCGGGAGAAGCACGAGGCCGAGGUGCAACGCGACAACCUGGCUGAAGAGCUGGAGGGCGUGGCGGGCCGGUGCCAGCAAGUGCGGCUCGCCCGGGACCGGACCAGUGAGGAGGUCGCCUGCAGCCGGCGCGCACUCGAGGCGGAGAAGAGUGCGCAGGGCUGGCUGAGCUCCCGGGUUGCGGAGCUGGAGCGAGAGUUAGAGGCUGUGCGGGCGGCGCACGAGGAAGAGCGCGCGCACCUGAACGCGCAGGCUGCCUGUGCGCCACUCCGGCUCGCCGCGCCGCCCCACGGACCGCCGGCUCGGGCCCCCGAGGUGGAGGAGCUGGCCCGAAGGCUAGGCGAAGCGUGGCGCGGGGCGGUGCGCGACUACCAGGAACGCGUGGCUCACAUGGAGAGCUCCCUGGGCCAAGCCCGCGAGCGACUGGCCCGAGCUAUGCAGGGUGCUCGGGAGGGUCGCCUUGAGCUGCUGCAGCUGCAGGCUGAACGCGACGGCCUCCAGGAGCGCAGAGAGGCUCUGGAACAGAGGUUGGAGGGCCGCUGGCAGGACCGGCUGCAAGCCACUGAAAAGUUCCAGCUGGCUGUGGAUGCCCUGGAGCAGGAGAAGCAGGGCCUACAGAGCCAAAUUGCUCAGAUCCUGGAAGGUGGGCAGCAACUGGCACACCUCAAGAUGUCACUUAGUCUGGAGGUGGCUACAUACAGGACUCUGCUGGAGGCUGAGAAUUCCCGGUUGCAAACACCUGCCCGAAGUUCCCAGGCUUCCCGUGGCUUUCACGACCCCAAGCUGAAGCUGCAUUUCCUUGGGACACCAGAGGAUCAGCACCUGGGAUCUGUGCUUCCUGUCCUCACUCCGACACCCCUCCCUUCCCCCAUGCCCAAUACCCUUGAGACUCCAGUGACAGCCUUUCUGAAGACCCAGGAAUUCCUUCAGGCCCAAACCCCCACCUUGGCCAGCACACCCAUCCCACCCAUGCCUGAGGCUCCCUGUCCUACAAAAGCAGAAGUCAGAGCCCAGGAUGCCCCUCUUUCCCUGCUCCAGACACAGGGUGGGAGGCAACAGGGUCCAGAGCCUCUCUGGACCGAAGCCACAGUGUCUGUUUCCACCAGUGAGGAGCCUGGGGGCAAGCAGCCCAGCCACUUACCCAAGGAUCUGACCUCCUCAGCCCACUCCGUGUUAGAGACUAAAGAUGAAGAAUCCAGUGAGUCUAGAGUUUCUAGCAUAUUCCAGGAAGAUGAAGGGCAAAUCUGGGAGCUAGUAGAGAAAGAAGCUGCCAUAGAGGUAAAAGUAGAGAGGAGCUCUGCACAGGAGACACAAGAAGAUGGUCUGGACAUGGAAGAAAUCCAGGAUUCCCAGGGUCCUUUGCAAAAGGAAACCCUAGAGGCUCCAGAAGAGGAGCCACUGAUGUCUCUGAAAAUCCAGAGCCACGAGACACCAGGGAAGGAGAAUUGGAAUUCUCUGCGGUCUAUAGACCAGACCCUGGGAACUCUAAAAAGCUCAGAAGAAAAACAAACACUGCUGAAGUCUUUAGAAGAAAAGGAUGUAGAAUCAGAGAAAACUCUAGAAAGGGGGCUUCCUGAGCUGUCUAAGCCUUUAGGAAAAGAAGACCCAGGAAUUGAGGAUGAUCAAGAAUUAAUAUCUCCUGAAGGUACACUAGAGACAGUUUCAUCUAUAGGAAAGGAAAAUCAAGAAGUAGUGAGAUCUUCAGAAGAGAACUUAGAGCCAUUGACAGCUUUUGAAAAGGAAAGCCAGCAUCCACUGGGAUGUCCAGAAGAAGAGAACCAGAUAGUUGAGAGGCUGAUAGAAAAGGAGGGUCAGGAGUCCCUGAGGUCUCUGGAAGAGGAGGACCAGAGUAUUGUGAAGCCUCUAGAAAGAGAGAGUCAGGAAUCUCUGAAGUCUCUUGAUGAAAUCCAGGAGACCAUUAUACCACCAGGAAGCAAGAAUCAGAAGCAACUGAAAUCUCUAGAAGUAGAAGAGGAGCAGAGAAUCGUGAAACCUCUGGAAAAAGAAGUGGAGCUCCUGAGGUCUCUAGAAGACAACGGCCAGAUGACUGCGGGCCUGGUACAGAACGAGACUCAGGAGUCCCUGCGGUCUCAUAAAGACAGAGACCAGGAGACCCAGGAUCCACAGAGGUCUCUCGAAGACAACGGCCAGAUGACUGGGGGCCUGGUACAGAACGAGACUCAGGAAUUCCUGUGGUCUCAUAAAGACAGAGACCAGGAGACCCAGGAUCCACAGAGGUCUCUAGAAGAAGAGGACCAGAUGACUGCGGGCCUGGUACAGAACGAGACUCAGGAGUCCCUGCGGUCUCAUAAAGACAGAGACCAGGAGACCCAGGAUCCACAGAGGUCUCUCGAAGACAAUGACCUGAUGACUGCGGGCCUGGUACAGAACGAGACUCAGGAGUCCCUGCGGUCUCAUAAAGAUAGAGACCAGGAGACCCAGGACCCACAGAGGUCUCUAGAAGAAGAGGGCCAGGGGAUUGUGAACUAUCUAGAAAAAGAAGAUCAAGAGUUCCUGGGGUCUUUAGAAGAAGAGCAGGUGGUCAAGCAAUCUCUAGAAAGGGAGAGCCAUAAACCACUGAGUUCUGUUGAAAAAAAGGACUGGGUGACUGAGAACCUGCUAGACACAGAGAGUCAGGACUCGGGGAAGUCUUUUGAAGAGGAGAACCAGCAGAUCUUUAGAUCUCUGGGAAAAGAGACUCCAGAGUCCCUGUGGUCUCCCGAAGAGCAGGACCAAGAGAUACAGAGAUCUCUUCAACAAGAGACUGGACAGAUAGUCAGGGAUGUAGGGGAUGAACAGCUGGCGGUGAGACAACCAGACGUAGAGACGCCUUUUGGAAGACAGAGCCCAGUGUCACUGGAAGGAAGAGCGGAGACAGUGAAGUCUUCAGACACAGAGAACAUAGAACCACUGAAGAGUGCUGAGGCGGGUCUGCAGACAGUGAACUCUGUGCAAGUGCAAGAGCCAUUGUGGUCUCCAGAAGUGACUAGAGAGACAGCGAAACCUCUAGAAAAUGAAAUUCAGGAAUCACUGGGGUAUGUGUAUGGGAACCAAGAGACCCUGAGACCCCUUGAAAGGGAGAAUCAAGAAUUGAGAUCUCUGGGCAAGUGGAACCUAGAGACUGUGGACUCUCUAGAAGGGAUGGGGGCGGCUGGGCAGCAGCUGGAAGCGGAAGGCUGCCUAGAUAAGAAUGAGCAGCAAGAAUCAGCGAGGUCUCUGGCAGAGGUGGGGCAGGAGCUGCCUGGCUCUAGAAAUCAACAAAAGUGGGAAGACAUGGUGGAGGACGGAGCAGUGAAUCAGGACCCAGUCCUAGGGAGAACAGGCAUGGAAAGCGAGGAAGAGGCAGAGCUGCCCCUGACUGGGCAAAGUGGGAAGGAAGAAGCUGCUGAGGACAGGGAGCUGCGGCUACAAGUCAAGGGGGAGGCCUGUAGCCUGGGGAGCUCUGAGCCCAAGGAGCAGAGGGUCCCCAGUGAGGAAGACAACAGGAAGGGGAGCGCUGAGGCCUUCCAGGACAUGGAGGGACCACCAGAGCAGGUGGAGACCUUAGAGGUCCCAGUUGCCCAGGGAAUGCCAGAAGUGACAGAGCCCCUGUUGCAAGAUGAGGCUAUAGCACUAACAGGUGAACAAGACUCCAAAGAGCUUACCCUGGGCUCAGAGGCUGCUACCAGAGAUGGACUGGAGCAGGAAGUGUUAGGGUUAGGGAAACCAGAGCAUCUGGCCAGGGAGGAGGCCAUUCACCCAUCCCUGGAGGAGCAAAGUGUGGAGGUAAAGAGAGCUCAGGACUUGGAAGGGCCUGAAAAAGAACCAUCCGAGACAGGCGCUCUGGAGUCAGAGAUCUUUGAACUGCACAAGACUAGCAGUGAUGCUCUAGAACCCAAGAGCUUCAAGAAGUCAGAGCCUGCGGUGGGCUGGGGAAUAGAGGAGGCCUCAGUGGAGACCUCAGACCAUGAGGGCAGUGCUGUCCCUCAGCCCAGGCUCUCAGAGACAGAGGAAGAUGAGGGCACACAGGCUGUACCGGCACUCCCUGGUCCCAAGUUCAUGGAACCUUCUUCAUACAUCCCAGCCCUGGAAGAUGCCUGUGAGCUGCAGCCCCGGGCUGAGGGGAUUCAGGAAGCUGGGUGGCAGCUAGAAGGUGGGUCUGAAGCUCUGAGGAAAGUAGGAGAUGAGCAAGAGUUUGGUCUGGGGGAGACCCCCGAGGGCCUCCAGGAUUGGGAGGAGAGCAGAGAAGAGAGUGAGGCGGAUGAGUUAGGGGAAACUCUCCCGGACUCUACUCCCCUGGGUCUCUACCUGAGGUCCCCUACCUCCCCAAAGUGGGACCUAGCUGGAGAGAAGAGGCUCUCCCCUCAAGGAGAGGCCAGGGAGGAAGGCUGGGGUCCUCCUGUCCUCAGCAACCCACCCGGGGAGGAGGAACAAGGUCCUGACUCUGACCUGUCAUCUGAGGAAUUUGAGGACCUGGGGACUGAGGCCUCUUUUCUUCCAGGGGUUCCCAAGGGGGCGGCAGAUCAUCUGGGCCAGGUUCCUUCAGUACUGGAGCCUGAAAGCUGGGAUCAGGGCGGGGAGUCUGAUGGCUUUGCUGAUGAAGAGGAGAGUGGGGAGGAGGGAGAAGAACAUGAAGAGGCUGAGUCAGGGGCUCAGUGGUGGGGGCCAGGGCCCUCUGGUGGGGGUUUCAAGGUCCAGGAUAUCACCCAAAGAGGGGACCUCCUGGAACAGGGAUCUGUGGGUGUCAGUGGUCCUUGGGAUGAUGGCUUGAGAGGUGCUGCAGCUAAUAGCGCUGUGACUGCCCUGGACACUGAGUCUCAGGACAGCGCUGAACCUUCUGGGUCAGAGGGGUCUGAGUCUGUUUCCUUGGAGGGAGAGGACCAUUUGGAUGCCCCCCAAGAGGUGACUAGCACGGUCCCAGGGGUUGGAGAUACCCAGAGCCCCAACUCGGAGUUAGAGCACAUGAAUGGGAGGGUGGAGACUGGAUUAGAGCAGUCUGAGGGGAAGGAAGGUCUGGAUGGGGACCAGGACCAGGGACGCCUUUUACAGGAACAGGAAGUGGGUGCCCUAAAGGCCUCCUUGGUAGUUUCUCCUAUGCACCUAGGCCCAAGUCAGUCCCUGGAAUUCCCUCUGAGUGGAGUAGAUGGAGAUUCCUGGUCCUCAGAGGAAGACUAGAGAAAGCUUCUCUGGCUCUGAAGACUUAAUGGUAGAGGGGAUGUCCUUCCUGAUCUGGGCCAGCACCCUUCGCUUUGAUAGCUUGACCUGUGGUGUCCUGAAGAGGUGGCUGGCUGAGGGAGAUGAGGUCCUGUCAGGGCCUCCUGAAGGCUCAAGCCAGGUGAGCCCCUGUAGUUCUAGACCGCCUUUCUUCUGCAUCUCACCUGCUGGAAGAAGCCUGGGCUCAGAGCUUUCGCACGGGGCUGUUCUGGCCAGGUCUUGUGAGCCCCGCCUGUCUACAGUAGUGCCAUCCCCACAAGGUGAGGCUUGGCCUAUGCCCAGAGGAGCUGAGGGCAACAAUUCUGACUGACCUUUCACCUCAUCUCAGCCUGCUGAGACUUUGUUCUGCUCUUUCUUGAUUAAAUAAAGUUGCAU